AUGAUAGCAUUUGGUUGCUUUUUCGCUCCAGGUUGGAAAGGAGGUAACCGAGAAUUCCUGUGGUAUGCAAUUGAAGACCGAUUUAACCAUGAAUAUGCUUUCGUAUGGGAACCAUUCAAGGAAUCGAAACCACCGAAACUCUUAUUAAUGAGAGGAUUACAAAGGGAAAUGUGGGCUGCAGCAUUGAAACGUGGUACUUGGUUCCUGGCUCCUGAGGACUAA